UUGACUUCCGACUUUGACUUCAAAGUUGAGUGUCAGUUAGUUGUUUGCCGAAUCUAAUAAUGUUUGACUUUCAUCAACUGGCUUAAUAGGAAAAUGAGGAAGCGGUAGUUCAAGCGAGGAGGCAGUAAAAGCCAAGUUAACGCACUGUGACCAAAUCGAAGAGGCUUUUCAACAAUAAUUACACCCCGAAUGACCCAAAGGGUCCGAGGCAUUUUGUAGCAUUUUUCAAAGUCAAAUUUAAGGCGCAUUUAAAUUCGAAAUGGCAAACAAACAGUGUAAAGUGCCAACGCUAUGAGCCAGGCCAUGAAGAGAGUGCUGAGCUUCUGGUUGCUAAUUCUGUCAAAUCAGCCCCAUCUAAGCGAUGCUGUUAUUUUCAAAAUGACCAAUGCAGUUUGUGAGUCCUACAACAAAUCCUGGAUAGAGUUCGGCAUUUGUCGACUGAGGGCCGUGAGUCGCAAUAAAGUCUGCCUCAAUGUCGAUGCCAAUUUGCUUCAUCCCGUCCACGAUGUCACAGUCAAGGCCCAGUUGAUGAAAAAGGCCAACGGCUAUAAGCCGUGGCUCUAUAGCCUCACUUUCGAUGGCUGCCAGUUCAUAAGGCGGAGAAAUAAUGCCUUAAUUCGCCUCGUUUGGGACCUGUUUAAAGAGUACUCCACCAUCAAUCACUCCUGCCCCUAUGUGGCUCUGCAACAAGUUAAAAACUUUUAUCUCAGAUCCGAGAAGCUGCCCACUCCCAUACCCACUGGGGAAUAUCUGUUGAUGAUUGACUGGGUGAUUAACAGGAAGCCACAAGCUGCCACCAAUGUGUACUUCACCUUCGCGAAGGAUCUGAGAGACAGUUGAAAAUAUAAUAACAUUUUGAUCGUUAAAAAAAUUUCACCCGAAAGAAUAAAGCUCAGGAACUCGAGUAA